AUGAAGCACAAAAUCGCUACCGCAUACCAUCCCCAAAUCAAAGGUCAAGCUAAAGUAUCCAAUAGAGAAAUCAAAUCUAUAUUGGAAAAAGUGGUCAACGUAUCUAGGAAAUAUUUGGCACAAAAGCUGGAUGAGGCAUUAUGGGCUUACAGAACUGCCUACAAGACGCCAAUAGGUAUGUCUCCUUAUUCUUUGGUAUUUGGAAAAGCAUGCCACAUACCCUUGGAAUUGGAACACAAAGCAUUUUGGGCAGUGAAAAAGCUAAAUCUGAAUUUGGAGAUCGCUGGUGAACAUCAUAAGCUGCAACUCAAUGAGUGGCGGCUUAACGCAUAUGAAAACGUCAAGAUCUACAAAGAAAAGACCAAGCAUUGGCAUGAUCAAUGCAUCAGAAAGAAAUAA